CAUUCAGCGACCAGAAUUUGCGAGAAGUACCUGAAGGCAGCAGGAUAUGUUGUCAGUGGGAAAGCUUCAAGAUGGUGAAGUUUGGGCUCCAGUUCAAAGCCACAUUGGAAAAUGUCACCAAUGUGAAACCAUUGGGCGACGACUUCCGCUGGUUUCUGAAGCUGAAGUGUGGAAACUGUGGAGAGAUCCCAGAUAAAUGGCAGUAUGUAACUCUAGAGGAGAGUGUGCCACUAAAAGGAGGAAGAAGCAGUGCCAGUAUGGUGCAGAAGUGUAAACUUUGUUCCAGGGAAAAUUCAAUUGAUAUCCUGGGAGACACAAUCAAACCUUACAAUGCAGAGGACAGCGAAAGAUUCAAGACGAUGGUGCAGUUUGAGUGUCGAGGUCUGGAGCCCAUUGACUUCCAACCUCAAGCUGGCUUUGCCGCACAAGGAGAAGAGUCUGGAACACAGUUUCCUGAAGUCAACCUGCUAGAAAAAGACUGGACAGACUACGACGAGAAGGUCAGGGAGUCAGUGGGAAUAUAUGAGGUCACACACAAGUUCAUCAAGUGCUGAUGUCAUCAUGAGAGGAGCCUCAGAGCUGGGAGAAUGAACACUGCAGCCAAACAUAUUCGAGCCUCUUUGCUGGCAUCAAAGAUGCUUCAGAUGCUGCGGGGCGAGGUUUGGUUGAUGAAUAUUAACUGGUGUGGAUUAAUGCCACGUCUAUACACGUCUUGGAUUAAUCAACAUGUUCAAAGCUUUUUUCACUCCCUCAAUAAAAUUGAAAGGUGACAAUUUUGA